GAGUCAGGUGGAGGAGAUCCCUUGAGGCGUUUAUGUCCAGCUGGCAGUCAAAACAACUCUUGGCUGCUGGGUUCGCGAGGUGGUUGACUUGCGGACCUCUUUUGUUGGCCUUGUGAUGCAAUACUAACCGUCAGGAGGAGGAGGAGCAGCACACCGAGGACAUCACAGUAAGCCAUCAUGAUGUCCCGUCCAGUGUGGGUGCUCACCCUCACUGCUCUGGUGGUGGGGGUCGCAUGGGCCGAGAUUCAUCCCAUUGAUGUGGAGCCAGUGAUGAGGAGGGAGCAGCCAGAUUUUGAAGAUGACACUGGAAUUGGUGCAGUUCUCCCCAGCGGAAGUGGUGAUCAGUCACCCAACUCAUCCAGCGAUAAAGAUGACAAGAAGGUUGUAGACGCCAGUUUCACGAAUGCCUUUGUGGCAGCGUUGAGCAUGAUUGUUGUGACAGAACUUGGGGACAAGACCUUCUUCAUUGCUGCCAUCAUGGCCAUGAACCACGCCAGGGUGACAGUGUUUGCGGGAGCCAUGCUUGCCCUCACCGUCAUGCAUAUUCUCUCUUCAUUCUUUGGCUAUGUAAUUACAUGGAUCCCAAGAGUGUACACCUUCUAUGCUUCAAGUGCACUUUUUGCCAUCUUUGGCAUCAAGAUGCUGCGGGAAGGCUGGAAGAUGAAGCCAGACGAAGGCCAGGAAGAAAUGGAAGAAGUGCAAUUAGAUCUGCGCCGUAGAGAUGAUGAAAUUGAAAGGGAAACCAUGGAGGAGGGUGAGGGAAGGACGAACAGCAGAAGAGCCACACGCAAGAGUCGCCUCCAAGCAUUGGUACCACGAGUGUUUUUGCAAGCUCUAACCAUGACCUUCCUGGCAGAGUGGGGCGACCGCUCACAGAUCGCAACAGUUGUAAUGGCAGCACGAGAGGAUGUGUACGGAGUGGUCCUCGGGGGUCUGCUUGGCCACUUCUUGUGCACGGGUCUUGCCGUGGUUGGCGGCCGCAUGAUAGCCAGCAGAAUAUCCGUCAGAACAGUGACAAUCAUCGGAGGCCUCACCUUCCUGGUCUUCGCAGUGUCUGCCUUGAUUCUUGGUCCUUGAGGAAGUUGCUCAUCUGCCAUUAUAAAAACCUUCGUUCUUUUGAUUCUUCAUUAGUUGAACUUAGUAUGACUUGACCCAUCACUGGACUUCUUUGUCUUUGCCUUUUGCAAAACAGUUGUGGGAGGUUGAGUAAGUACAUCUGCCUCGCUGCAGACCUCCAUUUUGUUAGAUUUAGUGGAUUGAAAUGGUUCCUUUUACCCCUUCUCCACCUCUUCCUCACAGCAACAGCUUUUUCAUACUUUUGUGCAGACAUGGCUGAGAAUGGCACUCUCUUCUCAUCAGGGUGGUAUUCCAUUGCCUUAACCUAUACUUUCCUGGCCUUUGUUGCGGUUUCUUUGCCAUUUUAGAAGUUAUUUUUAUCAUCAUGAUCAUCGUAUCAACCCUUCUUUUGAGGUUUCUUUGUGAGCUCUAUUUUUUUAAUGGUUUAUUCAUGAAAAUACAACUGAAAUUCUGAAAAUCAACAUUAAUGAAAUAAGUAUAAAAGUAUAUGAAUUAUCAAGCUUGGUUUAUGCAUAUGAAAACUUAUAUUCUUGCAGAGCUUCAGACAUCAUGAUUUACUGCACCCAUUCUUGGUUAGCUUAUUUGAUUGAGUAAAUCAGACAACAGUGGAAUUCAGAUUCUGAAGAAAAAUGCUAUGGAUUUCUUACUCCUUCAAAAUAGUCUGCUCUUCCAGUGUUUUGCAGCACUUUAUAGUAAGCCUUAUGUUAUUAAUGAUUUUGUGUAGUAUAUUUUUACUGUCACGAACUUCAGAAUGAGUGGAACAGAUAAUUUUUAGAAACUAUGAAUUACAAAUGUCUCUGAGGAAAAAAAAAAAGUCUUGUGAAUAUGAAGAGGAAUUACUUUGACUUCUCAUACUUAGUAGUAACUCAAUAUGUAGAACCAAAACAUCUGUCUGUAGAGUGAAGUAAUAGUUGUCAGGUGUUGGUUAAAGCGAUGGGUAAUGUGCCAUAGUCUUAGACAGGAAUUUUAAUUUUUUUUCAUAUAGCAGACAUUUUUCAUUAUGCACUAAAAGAAGUCAUCAUAACAACAUUCUGAAAGUAGGUUAACUGGAUUGAUAUACAGACUAUGGCCCAUAUUCUCAGACACUUUUGGUUCUCACAACAAGUAUUUCCCAAGGCCACUGACAAAGGUUUCAUGUGAGCAUUUUUCACAGUUAUGGUGCAGAAGCCUUAUCAAACUAUCACUAGGCCCAUAAGACUACCCAUGGAAAUACUAACAUAACCUCUACCAAAGACUUGUCAUGUGUGGGUGUGCAAGCCCCAAAAUGUUUGGAAGUAUGGGCCUAGGAAAGAGAUUCAGAUAAGGGUUACAUUGACAUUUUCUGAUAUUUUAAAUGGUUUUCUCGAUAGUACACCUUUAUUGUUUAGUAGUAUUACGAAGAACCAUUUUGUAUGAAAGUUAGUACUAUAUACAUAUGUUUGUAAAGUAAUUUGUGUAUAUAUGUAUCAUUUUAUCAUUAAGAGGGGCAUCAGUUAGGUUCAGUUAUUGAUUAUAUGAUAUGUAAUUCAUCAGUAGGAGGUGUAGCCUUUAGAAUUCUGUGUAUACUCCCAUUUAUAGGUAAAGUUAAGUAUUUACAGCCUUGAAUAGUGUUUAGUGAGGGUUAGUUAUGGCUGGAAAAAGUAUUGACAGGGCUGUUGCUUCUUUGUCUCCUGUUCUGCUAAUGUGCAUGUCAAUAUCAUCACUCCAUGUCAACUGUAUUUAAGGCACUGAUAGGAACAUAUAUUUACUUUAGUGAUAGUAAAGAGGCAGGGAGCUAACUACUCAUAAGGGUGCCUCUUCUCUAUGCAUCUCUCUCAUAGUUGUCAAAUCUGUUUUUAAAGGUGUUGACGCAAGGGCUGCGUGGAUGACACUCUCGGGCAGUUUAUUCCACUUGUUUAUUACCCUUGCGUCAUAGAAAUUUCCUGUCUUUUGAGUUCUGGUAUGUAGUGUGUUGCAACAAAGCACCUGCAUUAUAUACCACUACAUAUUUACUGUCAAUGCCUUACAAGCAGACAUAUUCAAAAGAUGUACCCUGAUAGUGCCCUUACAAUGGUAAUGGGAAGUUUAAGUGAUACUUGAUGGUGACUGGUCUCAUAAUGCUGCAGUGUAUAUAUAUUACGGGUGCAGGAGUAAAGUGAUCUCUUAUA